AUGGUAGCAGCUGAAGCAUUGUCGAUCGCCAACUUUGACAGCCCAAUGAACAAGAUGGUCGGCCUUCAACUUCAACAAUCUCAGGUUCCAAAGACUUCGCCGGCGGUGCUCGCUUUGAAGGCCAUCAACGACGCCUUGAAGCAGAAAGUCGUCUCCCCGCAGAAUAUCGACCCCACCAACUCGCCGCAGAUCCUCAACAACGAAGCCAUCCAACAAUCCAUCCAGAAAGCUGAAUUAUUGAAGAGUGGACUAGUUGAUGCCUUGAAGAAGGUAAGAACGACCGAAUGGAAGACUAUCCGGCUGAGCAGUAAUAAUGCGAUGAAGCCGGGUACCUAAAAUGAAAUAAUAAAAAGAAAAAACCAAUGAAAAUCGUCUGGGAAAAAGGCCAUGUGCAAUAUCAAAAAAAAUUAACGGACUGAAAGUUUGAAGGCCUUUUUAUACCAUAAAAUGUAUUUGUAUAGCCGAAAACGGAUGAAAAAGUGAUUAUCAAGGCAAAUAAGGCUAGAAAAUUGAAUUGUGGAACUAUCGUAAUUGAUUAAAUUUGAUUAAUCGACCAAUUUUUGCGGUCGAUCAGAUGAAAUGAACCUAAAAUAAGAUGGGCUUCUUUCAGGACAACCUGGCCGAGAUUCGGGUCACGAUCCAGGAGAUCGAGCGUGCGCAACUGUGCAAGGAAGCUCUUGAGGUAUUUCCCCAAAUUUCCGGUCCACUAACGCGUUGACGCCGCCUCGAGCGGCGUUUCUUUUUUAAGAUUUCACGUAUCGGUGCCGUCGUAAAUGGGUUGCGGAAAAGCAUCGCCGACUCGAAUCCCGAGCUCGCCAAACAGUGCCGGCAGUUGAUCAAGAGCUGGCGAUCGAAUGUGACCGAGGCGUCGAGACCGGCCAGCUCGUGCGGCUCCUCGACGUCCGGAACGCCGGGCCUGGCGUCGCCCGCGAUUCGACGUGGUCUGACCCCGCGCACUGGGAAAAAUGUGACGCCCAGUGGAACCACACUGCAGGGAGUGGGUAAGUGAAGGAAAAGGGAAGGGCCUAGAAGGUGUUGAAGAAGUGCCAACCGUUGAAAAUGAGAAUUUCGGCGAGAAAUGAGAUUUUUUGUGAAAAUUUUCGGGUUUUACCUAAAAUAAUAUCGAAAAUUUAUUAUUUUUGGUAUGUACGUGCAAGAAAUGAUUGUUUUUUGCUCUGUAUCUAAUAAUCACUUCCUAUUGACUGAUUUCCAUCGAUUUUUCAUACUUUUAGAACUGUCAUAGUUCUAAAAUAAGAAUUUUUUUUGAUGUUUUAGCUACCAAGAGCAGGUUUGCCAAUUUCCUUUCCUAAUUGCAAUAUUUUUAGACGGCCAAUCAGCGUCUGGUGGCUACGCACCUCGCGGAUCUCCCCAAGCCGCCCAGAAGCGCCGCAUCGACCCCUCUCCACCACAGUCCGCCAAGAAGGCGAAACUCUCCCCGAUCCCGGAAGUCUCGUCGGUGGUGGCGGCCAGGCAGAAUGUCCAAUCGACGGAACAGCUGGUCGCCGCUCUUGGCAUGGACAACAUUCUAGCUAACUUUACCAAGCGAUCUGAGGUGAGUCGGGAAGAUUUUUAUGUUGUUUUAGACAUGAAUUUAGGUCAUAGUCAAGGAUAAUGUAUUUUUGUAGGAAUGAAUCGUGCGAUUGGGGUUAAAGUUGGAGUAGAGAGGUGUUAUAGUAGAAUAAAGGUUGUGAGAAAGUUUAGGUUCAAAAUUUAAAGCCAUCCUUGAGAUAUGAAUAUUUUGAGUUGACUGGUCAUGGAUAAUAUAAAAAUGUCUCCAAAUUAACCCCUGAAUCUUUUCAGAGCCCGAAACCGGUCGUAUCGUCCUAUGAACCGGUCGAGAAGUCGGAACCCGAGAAGAAACGCGGUCGAAAGUCCAAGACCUCGGUCCCACAAGCUCCGCUUCGGCUGAAGAUCAAGUUCGGCGGCCAACCGUCGGUGUCGUCGGAGUCCGCCGACUCCGCCAUCCACUCCGCAACCUCGUCCAGCUCAUCUCCCGACCUCAGCAAGGAAGAGCGGAUCGAGGACGAGCCAAUGGAAGAGGAGAAACCGGCCGAAAUCUCGGCCGCCAAGUCGAAGAUGUCGUGGUACGACAAACUUGUGACCGUGGAGGAGCUGGAACGCCGCGCAGAAGCCCAAAAACAACUCCUCACCAAGAACCUGAACAAAACCAAGAUUACCGAGCUCAGCGUCCUGAAGCAAGGCACCAGAGACGUGCUGGUCAUGCCUUACAUUGACCUUGAUGAUCAGUCGGAACAGGACAUGUUCGUCGGUCUAAUGGACUUGGAUUUGCUCUCGGCAAACUAG